AUGCUGGUACCGCCUCUCGUCGUUGCCGCCGUCGCCCUUCUGGCACCCUCAUCCAUUGCCGCGCAAGUGCGGCAUGCGGACCGCGCCGAGCAGCCUGUGCAGGAGCGUGAUCUUGCUCUCGGCGAGGUCACGGGGCGCGCACACGCCCUCCCGCUGCUUGCGCACCCACAUGCCCGGCGAGGAGGCGAGAGCUCGUCGGCUAGACUCAAGGCCAAGCGCGCACGCCGUGAUACGUUGACCGUGGCUGGCGUUGUCGGCGUGGGUGGACUGGAGCUCGAGCUCCGUCACCACCCUCGCGAGGCCGAGCGUAGUGAGCUUGAGAGGAGGGCGGACGUGAACGGCUCGAUCAUUGCGCUGGGUACUGCACAGAGCACUUUUGUUCUCCCUGUAGCCUUUGGCGAGCCGCCUGUCGCGUUUCCUCUCCAACUCGACACUGGGUCCGCCGACCUCCUCCUGGCCACAACGUUGUGCGGGGUCAACUGUCCGUCCACCUCGGACACCAACCCAUACUAUGUCGCCAAGACGUACUCGUCCACCUUUGAGAGCGUCAACAACAAUGCGACCACUUGGUCGACCUCGUAUGGAGAUGGGACAGUCGCGUCCGGCUUUGUCGGGCGCGAACGAGUCGGCAUCGCCAACAUGACCGUGCCCGGCCAGGUGUUUGGCAUGAUCAAUGCCACAAACAUCACCUUGUCCCAGCAGAAGAUCUCGGGUAUCAUGGGACUCGGUUUUCCGCGGCUGUCGACGUUGUCGAGGGUGCUGUUGAAGGCUGAAGCCGACGAGGCUGCUGCUGAUGCUGCUGCUACGACAAGUCUCGUUGUCACCACCACCUCCUCCGGCACCAUUGACGCCUCGUCGACGGUCCUCUCCUCGGACACCGACGCCUCGUCAACGGUCGUCUCUUCGGAUACCGCUACGGCGACGUCUGUCAGCAAGCGCAGCUCCCACAUUGCCCAACGCGACUCUGGUGUCCACUACCUCCCGCCUCUUCUCGAGUCGCUCGUCUCCUCUCCUGAUAUCCCAUACCCCGUCUUUGCCCUCGCACUCUCCCCGCCCCUCGUUCCGACAGAGACAACGACAACCUCAGGCGCAAGCGCGACUUCCCGGUAUGGCCUUAAUGUCGGCUCGCUCACCUUGGGUGGUGUGUCAUCGCAAUACGUCUCCGAUAACACUACGUCCGGCCGGACCGUCGAUGACAUCGAGUGGUGGCCUGUCGUGCCGUUCGGUUCACCCAAUACGACGACUGAGGCGACCACUACGGUGGCGACGGUGGCGACUACUACCGAUGAUGCAACGUCCACAGACGUGUCAUCCGCGGCAGCGACGACCUCUGCGAUCGACGGUCAUGGCGUGCCCACCGACCUGGCCCAGCUCGAGUCCGAACAGUACCUGUACUGGACGGUCGAGCUUGCCAAUGUCGCUGUCAAUGGCACUGCCGUUGGGCUCAACUCGACGUAUGCUUCUCUCGGCCUGCCUUCUAUUGCCGUCUUGGACGUCGGUACGAACGGCAUCUACGGCCCACAGCAGGAUGUGGCCAAGAUCUUUGCCAAGAUUACCGACGCGCGCCAGGUUUCCACUGGCCAAUGGGCUGUGCCGUGUGACACCAAGAUGACUCUUGGGUUCUCUUUUGGUGGCCGAUACGUGCAGCUCCAGCCUUCGGACUGGAUGUCCUACGCCGUCGCUGGUUCGAGCAUGUGUCUUGCCUGGCCCGUUGCCGUCGAAGACUCGGGCGAUGGUAUCGACUGGACGCUGGGCACCCCGUUCCUCAAGAACGUCUACAGCGUCUUCUCGUACGGCAUCAAUGGCGUGCAGGCGCCUCUGGUCGGAUUCCUGCCACUCCAAGACGGGGAGAGCAAGGACACGUCCGCAGUGCCCACUGCCAUUACCGCCGCAUCCCUCACAGCCACCAUCCAGACCACCUUCCCCAACCAACUCCUCACCGGUCCCAACUACCCGACCGCGACGUACGCCUUCUCCACCCCGAUGCCAACCACCGGCGCCAUCCAGACCAUGGGUCUCGCAAAUGCGUCCAUCUACGCCGUAUCCGCCGUGCCCGUCGUGUCGCUCCAAAGCGCCAACGCCAGCGCCAGCUCGGCAGUGCCCAUCGGCUGGCCCGGAGGCAGCAGCGACCGGACUGCCAGCUCGGCGGUGGGUGCUGUCCUCGGCAUCAAUGCCGCACUGGUGGUGGCGCUUCUCGCUGGUGUCAGUGUGGCAGUCUGGGUCUAA